AUUCCAUCAAGAAGCUGUACAAGAUCUAAAAUUUCAGACCGCUUGUUUGAGUUCAUAUGGUGCCGACAGAACAAAGAUAAUCUUUGGGAGAAGAUGUUGGAAUACAUGAAAAACACGGGAUAUUUUGAAAAGAAGGAAGUAGGUAAAGCAGAUAAAAGUGGAA